AUGGAUAUGUCUGAGGUGGACAGCCGCUCUGACUCGACUGUGGUUCAGGAGCAAGCUGCGCCGACUUCUUCGUCGGCCAACCUGCGGGCGGAAAGUCAAAUGCGACCAAAGGCGACCGGUUUGCUCCCGUUGUCACGAAGGAGGUUAUUCCUGCAUUUAUUCCUCCGCAAAGAAGAAACCAGGGCCCACGAGAGGAACACAGUCGAGGAUUUCUUCAACCUCAUCCAUCACUCUAUCCCACUCUUUCGGAAAGACCGCUUCGUCGAGCAGUAUAGGAACGGGACCAUCAACCCUUGUGUACUAGUGACUGUUCUAGUUGUGACGGCAAAACUGCUCGGCCCAGCAGAAAUCGCGCAGGCACCUGAUAUUGAGAGCUGCCUCCAAGUAUUGUUGAGGGAUGAUCCGUUCGAAGGAGUAAGCCAACCAAACAUAAUUCUGGAUGCUUUCCGUCAGAGUUGUCUGCUUGCCUACUAUCGAUUUCAUCAGUUUCACGGCGAAGAUGCGUGGGACUAUGUCGGUCAGCUAGCACGCAAAGCUCUCCGGCUUGGAUUACAUCAGCUGGAUUCCUUCGACGGAUAUAAUUUAUUUGGAGAUGGUGGAGAUGAUCUGGCCGGUGUAGCUGACCUCGAAGAAUGGAGAUACGUUUGGUGGUGUAUAUACUGCCUGGACUCGUACUCGAACAUCACGGCGGCAACACCUUUUGUCUUGGAAAUGGAUGGCAUACGCACCGCAUUGGUGUCUACAUCUCUUGAAGAUCAAGGCCAGGAUCCCGCAGAGCCACGUGUGAUGGACUUUCUACCGACGAAUACCAAAGACCUGUGGCAUAUGUCGGCGGUGAUGGGGAUCAUGCGCACCCCCGCCUCGUACUUCAAUAUGCACAUCGUCACUACAACUAUCUUGAGACAGGCGGCGACCAUUAGGAGGCUAAGGAGGCAGAACCUAUGCGAAAUACUCCAGGAGCGGCAUCGUCAGUUCGAGGACCACCUAUCGGCUGUACUGCUUUCCUUGCCUCCCGCCUUUCUCAGCGAAACCCGUAAUGUGCUCGCUAACGAGCCCAGCCUGAGCCAUCAUGCCCGACUUGUCUGUCUCCUCCAUCUAUACUCUGCACGGCUCUUGAAUGUCAUCACGGUACAUACCUUGGAUGAUGCGGCGUGGGCGAGUUCCUGGCAGAGAUCGCUUGUCUACUCUGAAGAUAUUGUCGCCGUCGUUCGGCAUUGGGAUAGCAGAUACUGCUCGACCGUUGACCCAGCCAUAUGCCUGAUUGUAUUUUCUGUCUUAGUUCUCUUAUAUAUGCACGAGAUCCAUGAGGCGACUGCCGCGCUGUUCACUCUACGCCAUCGGCUUGAGGCCGAAAGGAAUUUGCUUAUCCUCUUCCUGCAACAAUUCUCUCAAACCUGGGCACUUCCCCGAUUACUCAGAGAAUCAUUCGACAAUUUCACCAAUAUGGUGAAGGGCCCUCUUACGUCUCACGACAUUGGCCUACUCUUUACGCAAGUACCAGGUCCGUUCCAACCCUGGAGGGGCCUAUUCGGACUUGCCCCCAGCCCGCCGGACCCGCUACGCAUCCCACACAGCCCCAUGAUCGAGAUUGCUGGGCUUCGUUUCUCUUCCGAUUUCUUUUCGUUUUUGUAG